AUGGCUAUCAUAAAUAAGAUACGGAUUCACGGUGAUAAGACAGAAGAUGUGGUCAUAGUUGAAAAGAUUCUCCGAUCCAUGACACCAAAAUUUAAUUUUAUUCUCUGUGCUAUCGAAGAAUCUCAUGAUAUUGACGAACUUUCGAUUGAUGAAUUGCAAAGUUCAUUACUUGUUCAUGAGCAUAAAAUAAACCAGGAUGAUAAAGAAGAACAAGUGCUGAAGGCUUCCACGGAAAAUUAUUGGGUGUCAAGAGGAGGUCAUAGAGGACGAGGACGAGGUCGAGGCCGAGGCCGAGGGAGAAGCAGAAGCAACAAUGAUUAUUGGAACCAACAACAAAACCAAUAUUAUCAUGGAAGAGGUAGAGGUCUCACAGGUUACCAUUCAACCGAUGAUAGCUCAAUGUCACAAGAAGUAACUCAACAGAACAUCUGGUAUUUAGACUCAGGUUGCAGCAAUCACAUGAGUGGAGAUAGAGAAGUAUUCUCUGAGUUGGAUGAAUCCUUUCGAACCUCCGUAAAGUUCGGUGACAGCUCCAAAAUUUCAGUUAUAGGAAGAGGAAAUGUAGAAAUCCAAACAAAAGAAAAUUUCAAUCACACAAUUGCUAACGUAUUUUUGGUACCAGCUUUAAAGAGCAAUCUGCUUAGUGUUGGUCAAUUACAAGAGAAAGGAUACGGGAUUUCUAUCAAAGAUGGAGUAUGUCAUAUUCGAGACGCAAACUUGGGUUUAAUCGCUCAAGUGAACAUGACGGCAAAUCGUAUGUUCCCACUAUAUCUCCACAACACGACUCAUUCGUGUUUCUCGACGAAAUCGAAAGAUGAGGCGUGGCUAUGGCAUUUUCGCUCUGGGCAUCUAAACUUCAACGGAUUGAAAACACUGCAACAAACAGAAGAUGAUGGUGACAAGCCUUCCCCGAAUUACAGCUCCUGCUCAAGUGUGUGA